AAAAAAAAAAUACAUUGAAAGCGUCUCUGCUAUUCAGAGCAGCUUCAGCAGCAGCUUCAGGGAAACUCAACUCUACUACAAUGAGUCAGUCACUCGUGGUGUGCGAUGUGGAUGAAGGCCUGGUUAAAAAGCUGAGGGAUUUUCGUUUUCGGAAGGAGACUAAUAAUGCGGCAAUCAUCAUGAAGAUCGAUAAAGACAAGCAGCUUGUAAUUCUCGAUGAAGAGCAUGAGGACAUUUCCCCCGAUGAUCUGCAGAAUGAACUGCCUGAGCGACAGCCACGAUUUAUCGUCUACAGUUAUAAGUAUGAGCAUGACGAUGGACGUGUGUCUUAUCCCCUCUGCUUCAUCUUCUCCAGUCCAUUGGGCUGCAGACCAGAACAGCAGAUGAUGUACGCUGGAAGCAAAAACAAACUGGUCCAAACUGUUGAACUGACCAAGGUGUUUGAGAUCAGAAACACAGAGGACCUGACAGAGGAAUGGCUGCGAGAGAGACUCGGUUUCUUCCGCUAACAUCAUCACCUCAUCCAGCGGUCUGGGGUGUGAGGAGGAUCCAGAUAGCACAACUUGUUUCUCCUCUGUUGGGGGGAGAUCACACCACAGUUAUUACAUUUCCCUCCUCUUUAUACGAGACCUGAUUUAAAUAGUAUUUGCAGUCAUUUUCUACUCUGUUUUGGGUUUCUGUAGUUUACGGAAUGUCAACAUUUGUCUUUUAAAAUCAACGAAUCUGUGGCACGCACAGAUUCAGGCUGCCUGAAACUGAAAAUACUAUUUGACACAGGUCUGCGUUUGUCUCCCUCACAAUCUCUCCAUGUGCCAGGUCUGUGUCUGUGUUGAAUUAACACCCCCGUAGCUCUUGAGGUGAACAGUCUACUCUUUGUAAGUUCAUUUGGGAGAAUUGAAAGGCAUUUUAAAGAGAGUUUAUUUUUUCCUCAAGUAGUUUACCGAGUGUUUAUUUGAGUUCCACAGUUGUAUGUUUAAUAACUUUAGGGAGUCUUAUUUUAAGCUUUUUUUCCCCUCUGGUGUAUUUAGGGAUGUGUCAGCACAUGUGUGUAUAUAUGUGUAAUAGCAUCGAUUUCCUUUUGUUGUGAAAGACAAGCUUCCUGCCAGAACAGUUGAACAACAGUUCCGUUUUAGUUGGUUUCUCCUUCUCCUUCAGUAUUCAUUGCAGGCAACAUGUGUUAGUGAAGUUGCAUGUUGCAGAUUAAUACUUUUCUUCCAAGUGUGUUGGAGAAACUAUAUCGCCCUCAGUUUGCAUCAAAACUGAAAAGAUAUUUAGUUUGUCCACUGUGGGUUACUGUAAAAACAUGGUGGUCCAAUGUGGCUGCUGCCAUAGAGCUGACCAAGCGGCUCAUUGGGUGAUAUUAAAAUUAACUUUAAAUUUCUGUCAGAUAAAGAUGCAUUUUAUUGACACACUGGACCUUUAAAUUUUAAUAUAAUAUAUUAAAAAAAUAGACCGUAACGCAAGCCGUAGGUGCUUUCAGACAUUUUCCCGACAUUAACUGAAAUGUCACUCCAUUUUACUGCCACUAGAUUGACAGAAAGUGUUUGUGUGAGCACAUGUGAGACCACAGCAGGAAAAUGUCUGGAAAUAUUCCCGUCUGCAUGUCCAGGAAAUGUUUCUAAUUUUACUGAAGAUGUCUGCUGUGGAAAUGUCGGGACCCGUUUUUUUUUUUUUUUUUUCAGAAAUUUCCCCCGAGUUCAUGUCUGAAAGCAGCUUUACAGUAGAAACCGCUGCAUGAUUUUCCCCUUCACUGUUCUGCCUUUAACCUGCAUAUGUGAUAUCGCACUCGAGGAAACAUAAUUUUCUCUGAAACAUUCCAAACUAAACAGCAAAAAAAAAAUAAUGUGACCACGACAGAAAACACCGCACACACUGGGGCAGAGUCACCUGCCCUCUUUUUAAACGACUGGGCUACUCUUAACAUUAACGUGUGUUACUGUGUCAUUAGAGGGAAAUUGUUAGCUUAUACUGUGCUUUAUAGCUCGUACUGUUAUUAGUGUUUUCGAAUGUUGUGCUUCAUUCUCAUGUUAAGCCACUUUGGUUGCUUUGUGGUGGUUACAGCUUUGAGAAUGAUGGACGUGACGUCUCCAAACACCGCUUGUGCUUACCUUCUAGACUUGGCAGAAACGGAUAGAAAUAUCUGGGAUAUUCACAUUGUCCAUACAAAACAGGGUUUGACCAAUAGACAGGCUGAUAUUGAGAUUCAUGGAUUGAAUGUACCCCCUGAUCUAAAUUAAAUUCUUAGUCUCACCUUUUAUGUUGUGUCUGACUUGUAUUCUCGCGUAUUGGUUUUGUAAUUUUGCAAAGGUGGGGGUUAAAAUGACAAUUUUAUUCAGAUUGCAGCACAAUUCAUCACUCUGUGUUUUUUGUUUUUUUACAUAAGCUCAAUACCAGCUCAGAAUAUUGGUCUCACCCUAAUAAAGAAAAAGGCACAAAUGAAUUCCACACGUUGCACCUCAUCAGUAUCUCUUAAAUAAAACUUUUUACAUCUAAACUAAAUAUAUAAUUGAUAGUUGUGGCGAAUUAAAAGCCAGAGAUCAUGUAUGAUGUCAAAGUGCUGAGUCGACCAUUCCAAUGUCUUCUGACAUUCUUUGUCAGACAUAUGUCAGUUUUAAGGCCAAAUUUGAAACCAGACUAAAUAGUAAAGCUUGAAAAUGCAUUUUUGUUUUUUUUCUUCUAGAAGACUAUGCUAUAAUCUGGGCUGUUAUAAUAUAAGAAACUCUCUUUCUGAGCAGAAUAUAUACACGCACAAUGCACAAUAUACAUGUAAAUAAUUUAGUGAUGUCAAUGAUGAUCAUUUAUCAGGUUUAAUCCAACAGGAAUAAUGUGAUAACACUGUAAUCAUGUGUCAGAAAACAACAUUAAAGCAAAGACAUGAAACAUCUGCAUGAUAUUACUCUGCUGUAAAUGCUGAUUAUAUCCACUGCGAGUGCUACGAUUUAUGGGUUAAGAAAAGGUUUAACAUCUCUAAGACAAGCUAAACACCUAAAUAUGUUCAUAAACCUGAACUGAAAUAUAAGGAUUUAGGGCUCCAACCAACGAUUAAUAUUAUAAUUGAUUCAUCUGUUGAUAGUUUUUUGGAUUCAUUCAUUAGUUAAUUGGUCCAGAAAAUGUCAAUUGCUGUUUCGCAAACCAACAUUAUUCAGUUUUAAUGAUUUCUUUCUGUAACAAAGAAACCUGAAAUUAAUCACAUUUAAGAAGCUGACAACACUCAAACCCAAUAAUCGCUCAAAGUUUUGAUCAUGGCAUCAGUGAUUAAGUGUUACAGCCCGAGUGGAAUAGUUAUGACAGAGGCACCACAUGCGCGUUAACUCUGACACAUUCAACUUGAAAUAUGUGCAAGUGGUGAGAUUUUGUUGAAAUUCUGGAAAAACCUCUUAAAUGUGAAGAGCUACUGUAUAUGAAGUGCACGUGUUUGCAAAUGUCUCUGCUCUGACUGUUGAGACUUUGCUGUCCUGUUGCAUGAAUCCAGAGAAAAUAUUUUAAUUAUUGAGUUAAAUUAACACACAUCUGGUCUCCGCAUUGAUUUUACUCUUAUUUAAAGUGUUAAUAAAAAAAAGUACAAAAAGUAAACCUUGUACUUCCCAGUACAAGGUUUAUUAGAAAAGGAGUUUCCUUUUGGUUUUUGAGCCACAUAACAGGUUAUGUCCUGUGGAUUUAUUAUCUUUCCUUACUUUGUAGUGAAUCGGUUACAUACUGUAUACUAUUUGUCCUUUUGAGUCUCUUUCUGUGACCUGCAGAUGUGUUUUUUCAGCUUUUAAUGUUGUCUUUGAACAUCUUCAACAUCUUACUUCCUUUUUAAUGAAAUUAUAUUCAGCCGCCUCAUGGCAUCAGUGAAACUUGAGAUAUUUGUACUUUCCUGUACUUUAUAAAGUGUCUGUUGUCCCAUGGUUCAAAUAAAAUGACAGCGAUGUUUA